UUUAACCAAGUGAGUGACACGAACACGUCUAGUUUACUAACAGAAUUUUCACUUUCGUAAUUUUAUGUAAUGCAAAACGUAAAUCAACACAAACAUGGGAAUUCUGCGUCCCGUCGCAGAAUCCUUGAUUGGAUAAACAACAAUCUUGGCACCACUCACGUUCGUUUAGAGGAGCUGCGAUCCGGCGCGGAAUAUUGUCAAAUGCUUCAUAAGCUGCAACCUUCGGCGAUUAGGUUGAAAAAGGUCAUCAAGGUUCCAAAGAGCCAAUACGAAUGUGUGCAAAAUAUGAAAUUGCUGCAAAAGAGCCUCUGCAAACAGGGCGUUCAGAAGCAAAUACCCAUUCACCGGCUGGUUUCUCGUGGUAAUACCGAGAGUUUGGAGUUUGCCCAGUGGUUCAAGGCAUUCUAUGAUCAUAACUACCAGCUGUUAUGGCCCGAAAAGACCGAAGAUUCAUCGAAGACACUAGAAAUAUUCCGCGAAAAGCCUGACAGUUUCGUGGAUACCGGAAAACGCAGUUAUGAUAGAUUAGAAUCAACUGCAAGCAGUCAAUCAGGAAAGAAUUUUGAAAUCAACCAGGAGAAGAAAACUAUAAAAUCAGUUUCUCUUAUACCAGAAUUGGAUUCUUCGCCGCAUGAAUUGUCGUUACACCCACUUGAGGGCUAUUCGCAGUCCACCUAUGAAAUUAUUCCUGAAAAUGCACUGCCAAUAGACGUUAUUGAUUUUCAGGAACAACAUUCACAACGAAGUCAAUCAAAUAAUUGUAAUUCUGAAGAUAUUACCAUGGCAGGCGAAUCUUCGGGGUCAACAGAAAUUGAUUUAAUGAAAAUCGACCCUGAAGAAGGUAAUCGCUGUAAGGACUCCAAUGGGCCACUUCUCGGAAAAUAUUUUGAUGGACCCCUCCUCCGGUGUAGACCAUUUAAACUUCGGCGGACAUUUGAUUUUCAUGAAGUGAAAAGCGUUAAAAUCAAAAAGUUGGUAGAUGGAUCCGCCCCAAUUUCGUCGGAAGAAGAGUGCUCUUCCUAUGAUUUCAACAAGCAUAUGGAAGCAAAAAUCGUUUCGAUAUGGAAAGACAUUCAUAACGUUAUUAAAGCCCUACAAAGGAUCGAGCACAAUUGGUACCGCAAUAAGAUUAAUGAGAGAAGAACGACAUUUAAGCAUUGAUUAAUAGGAGAUAGCAAAGUUUGAAGUUUGCAUAGAAUAUAGUUAGAUUCACAUAUUUAUAUAUGUACGUUUUCAGAUAUGUUUCGGCCAAGUUGUUCACCAAAACUCUGUAAUUAAGCUCGACUAAAACUAAAUUUUAAUGUAUUACCUCCCAAAAUAAAAUAUGACCAACUGAA